AUAGAGAUAUAUAUAGAGAGAGAGAUAUAGAGAGAGAGAGAGCAGCUGCGUUGAUUCUCCUUCUUCAAUUCCUCCUCCCCAGUUCCCUAAACCUCAUUUUCACUCUCUGCAACCUAGGUUUCCACUCCUCUUAAGAGAGAGAGAGAGAGAGAUGGGAAAUUGCCAAGCAGUGGACAAUGCAACUCUGCUAAUCCAACAUCCCGGCGGCGGGCGAGUUGACAAGCUUUACUGGCCGGUUCCGGCGAGCGACAUCAUGAAGAUGAAUCCCGGCCACUACGUCGCCCUCCUCCUCACGACCACCACUUUCAACCCCGCCGCCGCCGCCGCCGGCGCUACAAACGACAACAAGAACAACAUCCCCGUUCGCAUUACCCGCAUUAAGCUUCUCAAGCCCACAGAUACUCUCCUUCUCGGCCAUGUUUACAGACUAAUCACCACUCAAGAGGUAAUGAAAGGGUUGUGGGCUAAAAAGAAUGGGAAGAUGAAACAGCAAGCGGAGCCAAUAGAGAAGCAACAAAAGAUGAGACCAAAACCAACUUCAGAUUCCAAGACAGGACUUAUUGCAAGAUCUGAAAAUAAGGAGCACUGUAAUCAGAUAAAACAUAGGUCAGGGGGGAACUCAUCAGCAGCAGGAGCAGUGAAAUGCAAAGCAUGGCAACCAUCUUUGAACAGCAUCUCUGAAGCUGCAAGCUGAUAUUCAUUGCUUUAUAUACACAUAUAUAUGUAUGUUACUGUGUAUGAGAUUCUGAUCUGGUGUACUUUGUGAGUUCAGGAAAUGGCUAGUUUUUAAUUGGUUUUGUUUCUAGUGAUUCAGAGAUGCAGAAAUCACAUCCAAAAAAAUGUAUAGCAAAACUCUAAUCAUAUUCUUAUUGCAUCAUUUAAUUCAGGUUCAGUUUCCUA